GAAACUGGUGGUGCAGAAGCGACUGGUGGUGAUGACAUCGAACCAAGAGAUUUCACGGAACUUUUUGAACCGCGUCUUCAUCCAAAUGAUGAAGUUUGGAUACGUUUGCGUGAUCGUAUACGAGAACCGAUCUGGGAACCAAUAUUUAUCAAUCCCGAUUUCGUGUAUUCGGGCAGUAUUAAUAGCAUUUUUGGAUUGGAUGAAGAGAUGCGAGAGCAAAACCAGGCAAGCAGCGCAAACAUCAAUGGAAACAGCGCAAACAAUGUUAGUGGAAACAGAAGCGGAAGCAGCAGUACAACGUUAACUGGUGGUAAGUACUGA